UAUUUGUAAAACGAAGAAGCUCGGAGUUUCAAGCUCUGUUCUGUUCGUCUUCUCCGGGAGUCGCCGCCGACGGUGAUAUUCCAUCCGAGUUCCAAUGCCACCUAAUCUGCACAACACUCACGUAAAGCUCCUUGCUUUUGAUCUCCUCUCCCUCACCCAAACACCGAAUCCGCAUUCCUCUUCGUCGGACACUAUCUCCUUCUCUCGCCGCGGCAGUCCCCUCUCCCGCGUCGAGAUCCUCGGUACCGUCACCUUCCGUGACUCCAAACCGGGCAAAUUCCUCAAAUUCUCCAUCGACGACGGGACCGGAUGCGUCCCCUGCAUACUCUGGCUCAACCACAUGACCUCGCCUUACUUCUCCCGCCGACGCCCACAAGAUGUUCGAUUAAUUGCCCAUGUGGCCAGCGACUUCGCUUCGCUCAUCAAGAUCGGGACAGUGGCUAGGGUACGCGGCAGGGUCACUGGAUACCGAGGCUCGGUGCAAGUUACCGUAUCAGACGUCGUGAUCGAGAGAGACCCUAAUGUGGAAACCUUGCACUGGCUGGAUUGUAUGCGGCUGGCCCGCAAGUGUUACGACCCCCUGCCCCAUCGCAAGUAACCAAUUCAAAGCGCACACGCCAGUUUCUGCUAUUGCCCAUUGGAAUGGUAACAUAGGUGGCUACAGCAAAUCAUAGUACUGGAAAAAAAAAAACGUUUGCAGGAGGGGAAAGGCCCAGAUGAAGGGAAGGGAAGGCGUGGGUGGACUUGAUAUGUGAUUUGAUGUUCGAAAAUAUGGAUGCCUGAGUGGAAGUGUACUUGUGGAAGAAAAGAGAGGCAAGGCAGAGAAGAAUGGAGGGUUGAAAGUUGAAACGCAUUGAUUCCUUUUUUAUUUAAUGGAGGUGAAAACAGAAGUGAAAAGCUUCACAUCAGCGUGAUUAACAAGAGAGUUAUGGGGGGUUGCCUGCCUUGCCUCUUUUACUUUGCUUAUGGGGUUUCCUUUCUUGGCCGUGUGGCAGAAGCACGUCGCCAUCGUUUGAGCUUGAAUUGGGAAUGAGCCCUUCACACUCUCUUUAUCUCCCAAAGUCCCCUCCCACUCCCAUAUUAUUACAAAGGUUUCAGAUCAAGAUCAAGAUUCUCACUCCAGUCUGCUCGUGGUCGGCAUUUUAAUGGUGUCUCAACUCUCAAGUUCUUAACCCAGAAGAGGCUUUAGAAUUUGGUAUUAGUAGUAGGGCUAUUAUUCUGAAAUUUAUGCUUGC